AUGACUCAGACGGAGGAGCUCCAGCCUACGUCGUCGGUGAAGCUGCCGCUAGCUGGUGGCUCAACACUGAAUUUACAAGAAUUACAAAUACAUGGUGCAUCCGAUAAACAAGAAGUGACAUAUUUAUUUCCAGAUAUAAUUGCGUUAGAUUCUAUUUGUCAAGGAGAAAAAUUACAAUAUGACUUGGAUACUAUUCGUGGAUUUGAAAUCUAUAUUGUGGAACAAUGGGCUUGUGAAAGAAAAUAUGGAACUGUUUUAACAUCAUUCACUGGUGAUAAUGAACAUGAGAUCAAAGUCGCUAAGAUAAAAUUACCUUUAGAUACUUCCAAAUGGUCUAUUAAAGUCAAUCAUUUCUUCCAAGAAAUCGCUGAUUAUGGUGCAAAACCUAAAUUAACUGAAAAGGGGUUCCUUUUCAUAACAAAUUUAUCAUCAUUCCCUUCAAAUUUGAAUUUAUUACCAAUUUCAUGUGGAUGUAUAUUAGAUGCUUGGGAGUUUUUCAAAGUUAAUGUUGAUUUAAGAAGAAUGACAUGUGGUGGUAGAUCUGCUCUGCUACUUGCAGAACCUUCAGAUGCUUCUGGUGCCAAAUUUAGACAAAUUUACAAGACACAUCCAAAAGUUGAUAUAAUGUAUGCCGUUAAGGAAUUAGUCUCAUUAGUUCAAAUAUGUCUUGUUGAUUUCAAAUUAUUAGAUCCUAAUUUUGUUGAUGGAUUAUUAUGUGAUAAAACUAUUGAAAAAAUUGAUGAUUGGUGGAAAAUGUUUGGUUCUGCUUAUUAUGGUACCACGCCAAAGGAUGGUUUAUUAGGUCCUAGUACUGUAUCGGCAAUCUUAGGGUUUGUUUUAAGUUGUCAUUUUAGAUUAGAUAUAGCUGGAUCAGACUUUCCUAAAGAACCUUUUAAUUACUUUGGAUUUAGAGUUAAUGUGGGGAAAUUUCAAAAACAGUAUAAUUUGAAAAGAACAUGGUAUUUAGAUCCAAUAACUGUGGAGAAAUUAUUUAGAGUUACAACAAAGAUUUCAAAUUCUGAUAUUUCAAAAUUGAAAAAAGUUGUUAAAUCUACUGUUCAAGAUAUUUCUGGUAAAGGUAGUUCAAUUCAAUAUGCACCAGAAGUCUUAACGUUAGAUUUAGAUAAAUUAUUAAAAUAUUUCAAUUGCAGUGCCAGAUUAAACUAUUUAUGGAACGGGAAAGGUGAUGUAAGAGAUCUUAAAGUUUUAGAUCAUCAUGAGCGUCAAUUAUACUCAUCUGUUACUGCCGCUUCAUCUGCCUUACAAACAUCAAGCUUAAGAACUGGUGUUGAUAAAAUACGGAAUUUACCAAGAAGAUUACAAGAUGAAAAUACACCAGAAAGGAAAUCUAAGGAUCGGUACAGAGAAUCUUCACAAGAUUUACAAUGUUCGAUAAUAGAUUCAAACUCAAGAGAAUCAUGUACUAGAAUUACCAAAACAUUAAAUAAAAAGAGAAAUUUAACAGAAAAUCAAAUUUUUCAAUGUGAAUUAAAAAGAAGAGCUUCUUUGCCAAUGAUCUGUAAUGAUAUAAACAUUGAUCAAAUUGAAUAUGGAAACUUACCAAUUGAUAGAAACUUAAAAGUUGAUAAUGAAAAUACUUUGAAAAGAACAAAGAGUUUUUCAUUUGUUGAGAAUUCAAUAAAUCAAUGGGAAACUUUACCAUCUGCAAAUAAUAUGGGACAAAAAAUGAAAACAUUAAAGAAAAAAUUAUAUUUACAUGAAUCAUCAACGGAUCUUUUCAACAAAAGUAAAGAAGGUUAUUCAGUUACAAUUGAUAAGGCACGUAAUGAGGCAAAUAGAUGUGCACAAUUAAUCAAACCAAUCAAUAGAUCAUAUGAAUUACAAUGGCAAUCAGAUUUAAGAUCAAGACUGAAAAUGGAAGAUAUUCAAGUACUGAGUGCAAGAUUAGAAUAUGAAAUUAGAGUUUUAUCAACAAGAAUCCGUGAUACUGAAGAAAGUGUUGAUAAUUUUGUUUCAAAAGUUGAAGCUUUAGAAAAAUCUGUUAAUCAAUCACGUCCUUGUAUUGCAAUGAGAGCAAAACAUUUACAAAAUGAUAACAAACAAAACAAUAAUUCUAAGGUUGAAUACUGCUGGUAUAAUCUCACCUCAAGGUUUGAUAUUGAAAGAUUACAAAGUCUUUGGAUGAAAAUUGAUCCUAGUUUUGGUUAUGCUAAUUGGAUUCGUGGAUGGUUCAUAAGUCCAGAACAAGAAGUUGUUAAUCAAGAAUUUUCCAAAGAUCAAAAAGAGAAAGAGAGUGAAUUAAAAAAAUUUGAUGAUAAUAAUAAUAAUAAUAAAAGAGAUAAGUUUAGUAAUGAAAAGGUUAAACAAACAUAA